AUGUGUUGGUACAGUUUCCGUCCGGCUUCACUCUCUCCCAGGUCUCUCACGGCUCUCUAUGAAUCCACUCCAGUCGAACCAGCCUCCCUCCACCGUGCAUGCCUCUCCCUCAGCGGGCCGUCCUCUGAGCUCUGGCCGCUCUCUGGCUGCUCCUCCGCGGGCAUGGCUCCUGUCACGUGUCGGGUGCAGUUCCUGGAGGAUUCGGACCCUUUCGUCUGCACAAACUUCCCGGAGCCCCGCAGACCUCCCCUGGCGCACAUCGAGCUGGAGCAGCCGCUGAGUGAGCAGAUCGCUGGGAUACACAAGCUCCUGGAUGCGCCCCUCAAGUUGGAGGAGUGCACGCUGCAGCUCUCUCACAGCGGGACUUACCUGGACCUGGACUCGUCUCUGUCCGAGCAGAGCGAUGAACUGGAGAGCUUCUUCGAGGACGUAGAAAAAGGAAAGAAGCCUGUUGUGAUUCUAAGGACUCAGCUGUCGGUGCGCGUUCACUCCAUCCUCGAAAAGUUGUACAACUCCCAUGGCCCUGAGCUCAGGAGGUCCCUGUUCUCACUCAAGCAGUUGUUCCAGGAUGAUAAAGACCUGGUCCCUGAGUUUGUGGCGUCUGAAGGUUUGACGUGUUUCAUCAAAGUCGGAGCAGAAGCCGACCACAACUACCAGAACUACAUCCUCAGAGCGCUAUCGCAGAUCAUGCUGUUUGUGGACGGGAUGAACGGAGUGAUCCAGCACAAUGGCACCGUGCAGUGGCUCUACGCACUCACUGGAAGUCCGUCUCGGCUCGUGGUGAAGACCGCUCUGAAGCUGCUCAUCGUGUUCGUGGAGUAUUCAGAUCCAAACGCUGCUCUCCUGAUCCGAGCCGUCAACGCGGUGGACGGCAGGAGAGGUGAGAAGCCCUGGAGUUACAUCAUGGAGGUUCUGGAGGAGAGAAACGUGGCCGACACGGAGCUUCUCAUGCUCACAAUGACUCUGAUCAACAAGACGUUAGCCGCGCUCCCAGACCAGGACUCAUUCUACGAUGUGACCGACAGUCUGGAGCAGCUCGGGAUGGAGUCGCUUAUCCACCAUCACCUGAACAUCAAGGCCGCAGAGCCUGACCUCAAGGCCCAGUUCACCACAUACGAGAACGCUUUGAAAUACGAAGACGGCGAAAUGGACGACCCUCCCCCGUGUUUCCGCAAGGAGAGACGCAAACCCACAUCCAGCUCGGACCAGGACACACGCAGGAGCCGACGGGCCUCCCAAAACCUGCCGGACCUCCUCUCCCCCUCCCCCACCUUUGGAAUGACGUCUCCCCGACUUCAGAAUAACCACUUCACGUCUCCCAGCCCUCAACCCACCGAUUCCCCCGUCGGAAAUAACAACGUGUUUUCACCUACAGACUCCGCCCCCUCCCCUACUCAAAACACCACCUCCCCCAUUGUAAAUAACUAUGUUCUCUCCCCCACGAUAUCCUCCCCUUCCCCCACGGAAAACCUCACCUCUCCUGUUUUGAUCGACGCUCUCUCCCCUACCGUCUCCUCGCCAUCGCCGACGCAGGACGUGACUAGCCCGGACUUCGGCGAGCGGUUGCCGUCUCCGACCUUGUCCUCGACCUCCUCCUCUUCAGGGAGUCCCAGGCAGAGUGGCAGACCGGUCUCGCCCCUGGUCUUGGACUCGGACCCGGCAAGUCCGACCACAACCAGCCCCGCCACGCCGCAGAGAAGGUCCCCAGCCGCGGAGCCGGAGACGAAAGGCCCCCUGAGUCCGGGGCGCUCCUUCCUCAGCCACCACAUGUCGGCGCUGGGUCUGGGCAGGAAGUCCCGCCUCUUCUCCAAAAGCAGCUCCAUCUCCGAGGAGACGGCUGCCGCGCACAGUCCGUCGUCCCCUGAGCCGUCGGAGCAGCAGCCUCCGCAAGAGCAGAGCAAACCCGAGAGCAAAACCAGCUUCAACUCUGGGGAGGACGAGCCCGAGUUCUGCCCUGAGGAAGUCAAUGUAAAUCAGGACAAACCCAUUUUCAAGAUGUUCGAAGAUAACUUUCUGCGUAACCUGGCAGCGACUCAGUGGGAGAAGAGGAGGCGGAGUAAACAACGGCCUCGUGCGGCUUCGACUGAUGACGUCAUCACCGCGAUCCCACAGAAGAGAGAGGAGCCGAGCGGUGUCCAAACAGAGGAGCACGCACAGAGUCCCCCCAGAAGCGCGGGAACCAACGGACACGACUCCCACAAUGAGACCGCUCCGAUCCAGCGAGAGUUCAGUACUCUCUCUGAGGAUAAGAAGUUUGUGCUGGACAUGCUCUACUCCAAGUCCAGCUCGGGUCCCUCUGAGCCGGGGCCUGAGGAGGUUCCACCACAGCCAGAGAGAGUGCGCCGGCCUGUGGUGAUGGUGGUCUCCGGGGGCGACUCGGGCAGCGUGGGCCGUGUGUUGGAACGUCUCUCCAGCAUCAGGCGCUCGGUGGACGGUCCCAGUGAGAGCAGCGCCUCCCGCAGGGCCGAGCUGGAAGAACUGGGUGGCUCUGCUCAGGCUGCACUGGCCCGACUGGCAGAGGAGCAACAGAGCCGCAGUCUCCGGCCUCAGUCCAGUGUGGACAUGGAGAACCAGGCCAAGCGUCUGGACGGGGGUCAGACCUCUGCUCUGGGCCCAGGAGGAGGCUCCGAGGCCUGGGACCAGCUCCAGCUCUCAGCCGCCUCGCUCCGCAUCAAAGACCUGGACUUCUCUGAUCUGCUCGACGAAGAAGACGUGGAUGUUUUGGAUAUGGACACUUUGGAUUCAACGUCAGCCUCUCGUUUGUCUGGUGUCCCUCCCCCUCCUCCUCCUCCUCCGGCCUCAGGUUCCUCUUCACAACCACCUCCUCCACCUCCUCCACCUCCUCCCCCUCCUCCUCCAGGUUUUGUACUUGCCCCCCCUCCUCCUCCGCCUCCUCCUCCGCCUCCUCCAGGAGCUCCCCCGGUCGCCCCUCCCCUCCCUCCACCUCCGUUCGGCGCCACAUCAGGCGAUGUGCCCAAGAAGAAGAAGAAGACGGUGAAGCUGUUCUGGCGAGAGCUGAAGCAGGCGGAUGGCGGGCCGCAGAAGUGCCGCUUCGGUCGUGGAACAGUCUGGGCCUCCCUGGACAAGGUUACCGUGGAUACCGCCAAACUGGAGCACCUUUUCGAGUCCAAGGCCAAAGAGCUGCCCAUGACCAAGAAGGGACCGGAGCUGAAGAAGGCAGAGAUCCUGGUGCUCGACUCGAAGAGGAGCAACGCCAUAAACAUCGGCAUGACGGUGCUGCCGGCCACGCACAUCAUCAAGACCGCCAUCCUCAACUUUGACGAGUUCGCCAUCUCCAAAGAAGGCAUCGAGAAGAUCCUGACCAUGGUCCCCACGGAUGAGGAGAAGCAGAUGAUCCAGGAGGCGCAGCUGGCGUCUCCGGAGGUCCCUCUGGGCACCGCCGAACAGUUCCUCCUCAGCCUGGCCUCCAUCAGCGCCCUGACCUCCCGCCUGCAGCUCUGGGCCUUCAAACUCAACUACGAGGCUCUGGAGAAGGAGAUAGCGGAGCCUCUGUUUGACCUGAAGCUCGGAAUGGAGCAGCUCUCCUCCAACCAGACGUUCAAAAGGAUCCUGGCCACGCUCCUCGCCAUCGGGAACUUCCUCAACAGCUCCAACGCCAAAGGCUUCGAGCUCAGUUACCUGGAGAAGGUGGUGGAGGUGAAGGACACGGUGCAGCGUCAGUCCCUGCUCCAUCACAUCUGUAACCUGGUCCUGGAGAAGUUCCCCGAGUCCACAGACCUGUACUCGGAGAUCCCAGCCAUCACCCGAUCUGCCAAAGUGGACUUCGAGCUGCUCUCUGAGAACCUGCUGCAGCUGGAGAGGCGCUGCAAGACGUCCUGGGACCACCUGAAGCUGGUGGCCAAACACGAGACCAAACUGUCUCUGAAGAACAAGCUGACGGAGUUCCUGAAGGACUGCACCCAGCGGAUCAUCAUCCUGAAGGUGGUGCACCGGCGCGUCAUCAACCGCUUCCACUCCUUCCUGUUGUUCCUGGGGCAGCCGACCUCCUCCGUGCGCAGCGUCAAAGUCACCAACUUCUGCCGCAUCCUGAGCGAGUUCUCCCUGGAGUACCGCACCUCCAGGGACCGCGCCCUGACGCUGAGGCGCAAGAAGGCCGCGCACCGCGAGAGGACCAAGACGCGAGGCAAGAUGAUCACCGAGACAGAUAAGUUUUCCGGGGCAGUCCCUGCAGAUUGCCCCUCUCCCGUCACCAUGGCAACUGAUUUGGAGGCGGAGCAACUAGAGGAGCACGAGAACAUGAAGAACCUGUUGAUCAGCAGCGGCACCGACACUCUGACCGUGGGACCGGGGCUGCGGAGGUCCAGGGCCGUGCGCAGUCACGGCAGAGUCAGUCCCUCGGCUCAGGACGACGCCACAGACGAGAUCAUGGACCGUCUGGUGAAGUCCGUUACCCAGAAUCCUCAGGAGCGCCAGGCCAGCCCCAAAACACGCAAACGCUCCCGGGUCAACAGGAAGUCAUUGCGGCGGACACUGAAGAGCGGUCUGAGCCGAGACGUGGUGCAAGCUUUAGGCCUCAACCAGAAGACGUCAGGGGAGAGCAUUUGA